AAGUGUGAGAAGGAGACCUGCCGCGCGCCGUACUUGACUGCAGGCUUCUGGUUGCGAUCGACACCGUCAGUCAGUUAGUCGCGAUCCGCGAGCCAACAAACAACAACAAAAAUAGUCCGGAAAGAUCGGUAGAUUUGGUUUGAAAACAAAAGUGGCGCGAAUGCAACACUUCUGGUUUCGCGCAUUGUGUCUUGGCGGUUUGGCUUUGGCUAAGGAAGCUUUAUGGUGUUUUUUUUUGCGAGAUCGGCAUCGCGAUAAACAUAGUUAUGACCUCCGGUUUCUGGUGGAACUUAGUUUUUGUUUCUGCAGUACCCAAUUCGGUUAAUAUUUGAUAUCGUCUGAAAUUUGCAUCUUUUUAUUCGAGAAACGAAACCGGUCUUACCGCGAAGUGAGAUAUAAUUAAAAUAUUGGAGCAUGCUGCCCGCAAUCUGAUUGAUUAGUGUUGUUGGUGAUUUAAAAUCUGGAAACCGGCCAGUAGAUUGUCAUUUUUGAAGUGAAAUUGAUGUCCGCUUAUCGUAAAAUGCGUCAACUCGAUUGACCUGCCUGUGAUAGCUGACAGACCCGUAGGAGGCAAUAAUUGACACGAAGACAAAAUAUCGAAAGCUAUGUUAAACGGUUGGUAGAUUGAUCGCUAAACCGGAAAAUGUGCCGAAUUCUGGGUCGAAGCUUCCGUAACACAAUCAAUCUUUAAUAAUCCCAAGUUGAGUGUGAUGCGGAGACUCACAAGAAAAAAGAAGUGAACGGUUUCUGGAAGUUCAAGUGAAAGUCACACAAUUACGAAGUCAGGACAGGUGCUUUGGCUUCUUGAACUCCUUGACUUCUUGUGCAGGUGAAAUAAGUAGCUGAUAAUGGAGUGGCAAAAAAUGCAACAUCGGAAUCUGGAAUAAAUGCUAAGUUAGUGAUCAACGCGGCGGACGGUUGAUUGAGCGAUACCGACAACCGAAUAAUCACCAUUGGCGGCAUCUCUGCAGCUGUAACCUUCGACCCGAGGCAUAACCAUCCGAAAACGUGCCGAAUGAAAGUGAACUUCCCGCGCAGUCAUUAGAAACAUGCAAAUAUGCAAAUGAUCCACAUCAGAAAGUCGAGUCAAAUAGGAAUCCCAAAUGCACCGUGAGGAAACUCUCUUUCAUGUAUGAUCUUACUUCUCAACGGCAUUUUUUCGAUAGGUGAACAGCGUAGGAAGCUGUGGAUAGCUCUCCAACAAUGGAAAUAGCUCUUGGUACCGGUUAUGCUCAGCUUCUGCAGCUUCGGAGGAACAAUAAUAUCCAAAUCACUUUAGAUUAUGUAUAUUAGGUGGUGAAAAACUUCGUUAUGCUGGAAGUUGGCCCUCGAUGAUAAAAGUGAAAUGAUUUUAUUUUUCGUCGGUAGGAAGUUUGCGAUGAUUAAGAAGCAGUGGGGAGCAAGAUAUAUUGUCAUUUGAAUUUCUGAGUAUCGUACACGUUCAUGAUUUCGUGGAAAAAGUGAAUAAUCCGAGCCGUCCGGUGAAUCCUUCUGUAGUUGAUGCUGCAUCUUGUUCGAUUUUUUGGAGCGUAAAGGCCAGUAGACCUGCAUCCUUGCGGAAGAAGGGAAUACGGCCAUCAAACAUGCAAAAUGAAUACAACAUGUGCAUGACCAUUUUGCUGCUGAUUGUGGGAUUUGUCCGGGCGGAACACUUGUUAUUCUCGGAUUGCGGAGUACGUACCUCUCGUCGACAACCUCGCAGCAGCAGCACCAAUUCAUACAGCGACAACGAUUGGAAUAGUUUCUACAAUCGUUCAACAACGACAUCUUCAGAACAACAAAGACCUGAUAUAGACAACGACCCGGACGAAGCCAACCGCAACCCAAAGAUUAUGCACGGAGUACCAACCCUGGAAGGCCAGUAUCCAUGGCAGGUAUCACUGGAGCUACUGCAUCCCUCGUAUGGAUUCAUCGGGCACUGGUGCGGCGGAGUACUCAUUGAUAGGAAUUGGGUGCUUUCGGCUGCUCAUUGCAUUCAUAAGUAAUUAUGUUCAUGAUUUGUUCAACUUACCCCUACCACCACUAUGGACAGUGGUGCUAGGCGAGUACGAUAGGUCACACGAAUCCGGAUACGAGCAGCGAAUCCCCGUCGACAGGAUUGUCCUGCAUGACAAAUAUCACAAUUUCAAGCACGAUCUUGUGCUUAUGAAAUUGAAUAAACCAGCCAACAUUACACCGAAUUCAAGAGUGAAGAAAAUAUGCCUGCCGUUUGCUGACAUUAAAGUCAACACUUUAGCCAACGAUCCCCGACCAGAGCUGGAUCGAUCGAAAUUCAAACCUGGAGCUGGUCAGCUAUUUUUUUACGACUAUCUUGGUCGCCCGCCGGAACCAGUCAGUGCGGGGCAGGGUUCGGCUCCGGGAAGUAUGGGAAACAAAGAGGAUGGCAUCGAAACAGAAUCCAACUUCCCAGAACCACUUCCCGAACGAGAGGACAAUUAUCUUCGGCGGUUACGGCUUCUAGGGGAGUUGCCACGUCGUCCGCGAACGGCGCGAGUCGUCGUAAGCACCAUGAUACGAGAACACCUGCUGAACAGAGGGAAUUCAACCAAGCCCAGAAAAAUCCCGAAAACAAACCGUAGAGGGCGUCGCCUAUACCAGACUACAGAUUUCGGAGAUGACAAUAGCAACAUUGAUGACAACGAUGACGACGAAAAUGGUGAUGGGAUUCAUCGUGGAACUCGGCACGGUGGAAAACGACGGCGAAACGAUAAAUUCACCCACGGGGCCCUCUUUCGGAAUGAGAACUACCGAAACGAGUACGGAGAAGAACAGGACUACUCCGCUGCGGGAUCCAGUGCCAUGCCCGAUACGUCCCAGUACGUGGACUGUUUGGCAACAGGUUGGGGCAAGUCGACAAUCGAUGAUGAAUUAACUGACAUCCUGCUGCAGACGAAGGCCCCCAUCCAAAGUAGUAAAAAGUGUGAAGAAGCGUACGGAGAUUUCAUCAAACUACAUCGUGGACAUCUUUGCGCGGGGAAUGUGGACGGAACUGGUGGGACUUGUGUGGGUGACUCCGGUGGACCAUUACAAUGUCGCAUCACCAAGCACGGUCCAUGGAUUCUAGUAGGCAUAACUUCAUUUGGAUCCGGUUGUGCUUUCAAGAAUUACCCAGACGUUUAUACAAAAAUUUCGUUCUACCGGCAAUGGAUAAUGGACACGAUUUCGAGCAACUAAAGAACAAGAACAACUCUAUCCGUGUUAGGAUGUUCACGUCAAAUUACGUAACGCAAAAAGGGAGGGAAGGGGUCAGACCAAGCGUUACGGUUCAUACAAAUAAAUUAAAUCAUCCAUACAAAAAGAGUUAAGUAGGGUAAGGAGGAGAUCUAAUAUUACCCAAAUUUGCGUUACGUAAUAUUUAAACGGCCCCUUAGUUACUAUCGAUGUUACCAAUUGGGCUCAUAAAAGGGCUCUAAAGAACCAAAUAAUGUGAUACUAUAAUUUAGAUACAAAUAUCAUCUGUGAAGCUUUGGGAAAAUAAUGAAUUCAUUUUUUUGUAUACAUAUUUGAAAUAGUUCUGCUUCUGAGGUUUUAUAAUUUUCAUUUUUAAUUGCAAAAAAAAGCAUUAACCUACAAUUGAUUUUUUAUUAAACAAUGCUAUUUAUGUUUUUUAAUGGUUAUGAUUCAUGAUAAACACCAUCGCAUGUAAAGCAGGUCAUGCUUACUUGCUUUCAAAGAUUAACUUCAUGGAUUUGAAAGAAUCAAUGUGAGUAUUGGUUGCUGAUUGUGCAAUUUCAGGUGCCUCGCACCACAAAUCCCCAUAUUAUCAAUACAAAAUAAUAGUUUAACACGUUGGUUCAUUUGAAUUGACUAACACGUUCAACUGAGCGGAUAUGUAUCUUUUUUUUAUUUUACUCGGAUUGCACCCAUCCAAAACAUAGAACUGUGAGUAAAGCCGUAAAUAUUCAGAACGAAACUAAUUGAAAAGAAUGAACAUUUUAUUGAAGAUAAAUCGGGCUAAAAACUUAAUAACGAUGUUUUGCAUUUUCAGUUAUGUGGAAUGGUGCACAGCAAUAAAAAAAGCUUCCCGAUUUUACAGACAACAUACUUUUUUAUCCUGUUUAGUUACCAACGACCAGACUCGCAUACUUUCCAUUUUCCCAGUGGCCGUUUAAUUUCUGCCAUGUUUUGUUUGUUUUUGUUAGGGUUCUUUUUUUACCCCCAGAUGUUGUUUGUUAUUACUGUUUGUUAAAUACACGUUAUUGUUUUUAUUUAUUUUUAUUGCAUUUCCCAUCCACCGAAACCGGACUCGAUUUGUUGUAUUUAUGUUGAAUUUUAUUAUAGCUUUACCGGCCGUGAGUGCUAGUAGUGUUGCUUCUUGUACACAGCUUUUCCUACAUGGAUGCCGGCAAAAUCCCUCCAGCUCGAACUAAGUGCCUCCCUCGGGAAAGCGCACAAGUGGAGUAAUAAUCACCACUCUGGUGGGCAAUUUUCACGGAUUACAGUGGGUUUAUGCUAUGAUUUCAUUGCCAUGAGGCUCGCGGUUGUAGACAGACAGUAUAUUUUGUAGAUAGGGACCAAAUUAUAGCAAUUCGAGCCGUACAAAUGUAAAUAAAGAAUGUUGAAAAAAUAUGUUAUGUAUAA